AUGGAGGAGUUCACCAACCAGGACUGGACACUAGAUGGCAAAACAAAGAAAACAUUAUUGUUCUUGUUAAAAAAGAUUUUCCUGUUCAAACCUCGACUCUUCUCCUCCUUCCCUCCUCCAGCCGUUCGUUCCCGCCUCCUGCGCCUGCGCUCUCUGUGGGAUGAGAUCCGGCAGCGUGCCGAGGAGAGGGAGGGGAAGCUGAACGACGUCCUGGACGUGGCUGGGAAAUUCUGGUCUGACGUGGCGGCUCUGCUGAGCACGCUCCGAGACUCCCAAGAUAUCGUGAGGGAGCUGGAGGACCCUGGUGUGGACCCCUCGCUCAUCAAGCAGCAGAUCGAGGCUGCCGAGGCCAUCAAGGCAGAGACAGACGGCCUGAGGGAGGAGCUGGAGUUUGUCAGGACCCUCGGGGCGGACCUCAUCUUUGCCUGUGGAGAAACUGAGAAACCUGAAGUCAAGAAAACUAUCGAUGAGAUGAAUGCCGCCUGGGAGGGUCUGAAUCGGACUUGGAGGGAGAGGAUGGAAAGACUGGAGGAGGCCAUGACGGCCUCUGUGCAGUAUCAGGACGCUCUGCAGUCCAUGUUUGACUACCUGGACAACGCGGUGAUCAAGCUGUGUGACAUGUCAACUGUGGGAACUGAGCUGGGAACUGUGAAGCAGCAGAUUGAAGAGCUCAAGCUGUACAAGGUGGAGGUUUACCAGCAGCAGAUCGACAUGGAGAAGUUGUGCCACCAGGGGGAGCUGAUGUUGAAGAAAGUGUCCGACCAGACAGACAGGGACAUGAUCCAGGAGCCGCUCACCGAGCUGCGCCACCUCUGGGAGAACCUGGGUGAUAAAAUUACCCAGAGACAG